UUCCAUUUUGUAUUUACUUGUUCUUUUACUUUCAAUACUCAAAUAAGUUUAAGAUUUAAAAAAUAAUUAUUAUGUUUUAAUUACAAUAAAUGUCAAAGAUUUUUACUCCGUAUUCUAAAGGGUGGCUUCAACUUCUGACAAAGUCAUUUUCUGGUAAGAUAUCUGUACUUUUACUUGAGUAUGACUUUCAGGAACUUUAUACACCACUUUAUACAAACGAGGACCAGUGGGCAGCCAUAUUGCUGCAGUGAUCAGGGUCUCACCUCAGUCAUGGAAUUGAAGGUGGAGAGAGCGCUUGUUAUUCACUCCCCCCACCUACAAUCGCUGUCGAUCCUGAGACUCGAAUCUGCAACCAAUGGGUUACAAGUCCGACUCUCUAACCCUUAGGCCACAACUGCCUCAAAACUAUUUACAGUGUCUGCUAUAUUUUUUCUCCAUAAGUUAUGACCGAUAACAAAUAUUUUUGAACUCUUUUAAACCAAAACUGAGCUGUCUCAUACCCUCUCACUCACAAGCACUUGUCAGCCUUUGAGAUGUAAUUCUUAUCUCUUAAUGUUUCCUUGCUGCUAUGGUAACCAGUGGCCUUGGGGUAUCACAGACAUCCCGGCACCAACUCCAGUUGUUUGGUGAGGGGUCUACUGGGCAGUUCGUUAAAUACAAUAUAAUGAUGUGUCUGAUUUGUCCAGCAGUUACACUGUGCACAAAAUAAUGCAGACUUAUAAUAGUAUUUAUAGUAUUUUUGUAAUGAAUUAAAAAAAAAUGACAUCAGUUUCACAUUCUAGUGUGACUCUUUCCAAGUCCAACCCUACACUUUUUUUAUGUGGUUGAAUAUCCUCUUUCACUCAUUAAUACUGUAUGUCAUAUAAUGAAAGAUAAAUUAAUUGUAAAUGCAAUUUUAUGUUGAUUUUUAAACAAAGGUAUUAAAACACGUCUGCCGUUAUUCUGUUAAUUUGUGCUUUUUUAUUCAUUUUUUUAUACAGAUGAUCAGCACUGCUGGCACUGUGGGUAAAUGGAAGGCAAUGGCACGUCCAUCUUUACCUUCUUCAUUGGACUCCACAUUACCUGGGAUAUCUCGAGAAGUGCUGUCUGUGUCCAUGGAACCAAAAUAUCAAUGUCAGCAGUGCAAAGAAAUUCUUAGGAAACCUUUCCAAGCACAGUGUGGACAUCGCUUCUGUGUGUUCUGUUUCAAACAACUCACCAGCUUGGGGCCCAUACCAUGCGAAGCCUGUCGUGCUGAGGGUAUAUUUGAAGAGGCAACAUCUAUGCUCAAUAUUGCAGUGGCAUUUCCUGAUAAUGCUGCACGAAGGGAAAUUGAUAGCUUGCCAGCCAAAUGCCCAAAUGAUGGAUGUAGUUGGUCUGGAACACUGAAAGAGUAUGAGGGUCAACAUGAAGGUCGUUGUGACUUUGAACGUGUCAAAUGUGAAGCAUGUCAAGCACUCAUCUUGGUCAGUGAGAAAGACCGCCACAAUGAGCGGGAAUGCGAGGCCAGAACCCUGAACUGCAAAUACUGCAAGGUCACAUUCAUCUUCAAAGAAAUUAAGGCACAUGAUGAAAUAUGUCAGAAAUUCCCCAUGCAAUGCAAAGACUGUGGUAAAAAGAAAAUCCCCAGAGAGAAGUUUCAAGAGCACAUCAAGUCUUGUGCAAAGUCUAAGUCAGCAUGCCAGUUCAGUGAAAUUGGCUGCAGGGCGGUGGUUGACAGUGGUAAGCAGCAGGAGCAUGAGCAGACCAGCAUGACGGAACAUUUGCGUCUCAUGCUAGCCGUGCUGUCCUCUGUGCGCCAGCGGGCAGAGGGGACAGGAGAGUGGCAGGAAGAUUCUGGACUGGGAUUGUAUCGUGGACCUGAAGAUGCAUCUCCAUUGGGGGCUCAUGCUGCUGGCCAUAAUGCAGGAAGAGGAGGCGGUCCUGGUGUACAGCAGAAAGUCACAGCAUUGGAGAACAUAGUGUGUGUGUUGAACAGGGAGGUGGAGCGAUCGGCCCUCACCCUGGAGGCACUAUCCCGUCAACAUCGGUUAGACCAGGAAAAGAUAGAAAGCUUGUCAAACAAGGUGCGACAGCUAGAACGGACUUUAACCAUGCGAGAUCUGCAGUUAGCAGAAUCUGAACAGUCCUUGCGGGAGCUGCAGUUUUGUACAUACGAUGGAGUUUUCAUUUGGAAAAUUGCAGACUUCUCUCGUCGCAGACAAGACGCAGUGGGGGGCCGGGCACCUGCCAUGUUCUCACCUGCGUUCUACUCCAGUAAAUAUGGGUAUAAGAUGUGUCUGAGACUUUACCUGAAUGGUGACGGCACAGGCCGGGGCACUCAUCUGUCUCUAUUUUUUGUGGUCAUGAGGGGCAAAUAUGAUGCCUUGCUGAAGUGGCCCUUUAGCCAGAAGGUGACAUUGAUGUUGUUGGACCAGAACAACAGAGAGCACAUCAUUGAUGCCUUUAGGCCUGACGUGAGCUCCACAUCCUUCCAGAGACCCAUCAGUGAGAUGAACAUAGCCAGUGGUUGUCCUCUCUUCUGCCCUCUAGCCAAGCUGGCAGGCAAAAGCUCAUAUCUGAGAGAUGACACCAUAUUUAUUAAAGCCAUAGUUGACCUCACUGGCUUAUAAAGCUCUGGAAUUACUCAUAAUAAUAAUAAUUUAUGAUAUUAUUAUUAUUAUUAUUAAUAAUAUUAUUAUUAUUAUUAUUAUUAUUAUUAUUAUUAUUAUUAUAUCUCAGCUGCGGAAGCCAAACAAUUUUAAGUAUUAGAUAAAUUAUAACAUUAUAUUUAUAUAUUGAUUUAUUUGGAGAAAUAUAAACUCAAUUAUAGCAAUAUUAAUAUGUGCAUGUAUGGAGUGGAUGUGCUCAGACUUCCACUCCUGUAAUUGCACUAUUUUGGUAUAACUCAAUGUUUAAAACACAAUAUAUAUUUAUUAUAAUACAUAUUUAUAUAAUACACAUUAGUACACAUUAUAUUUGAAUAAUUUAACAAUACCUACAUUUAGUAUUGUAUACAAUACAAAAAUAUAACUUAUGUUACGUGACCUUAAGGUUUGGCAGUUUUAUGCAUUUACUGUACUUGUAGCAGUAUUUAUCAUGCUGUUAAAUAUGGGAUUUCAUCAGGAUGCUAAAUACAUCUUUGAGCACAUUUAGAGGCUUGAACACUUUUGCUAGAAGUAUAGUGUAAGUAUAUAAAUAGCUAUCUAAGUCACCAGAACCUGUGAAACCUAUUAGAAACGCUGUGUAAAUCAAUCAGCUUAUAGGAAUGAAUUAUUGUGUUGAUUGUUCUUUUAAACAAGCUCUUGGAUACAGCAUGUGCACAAGGCUGCAAUAUUUACAAGACCGAAACCUUAGCAGGACUGAAAAUAAAUCUCGAUUAACCAGUGCUUCGAUUCACUUAAUAACUGGCCCAUUUGUAAACAUCAUCUGAUCUUGGGUCCGGCUUUUUGUUUGGGCUUGAGCAUUAAAUGGCUUCAUGGUUUAAGAGAUAUAGAUGUUUAAUUCGCUUCAAACCCUUAUAAAAGGUACCAGAAUUUUUCUGUAACAUCAUUAUACACUAGGUUAGCAUGUCUUAUGAUUCAAAGGGUGAAUUAGAUGCAGUAUAAAUCCUGCUGCUGGUAGAUAACACUCCAAAUAAUUGUUACUUUUAAUAUUGGAAACAUAGUUGUUUUGGUGGAAAAGAGGAAAAAGAAAAAUGUGAGAAAAAAAAUCUGAUAAAUAUGUUACACUUUUUAAAAUCAAAUUAUUUACUAUUCAGCUGUCAUGUAUUGAUUUGUUUUUUAUCUAUCAAUUAUAUAGCAAAUCCUUAAAGUGAGUAUUUUUAGUAUUUGUUUAGAUAUCAAUGUUUUAUUAGCAUGAAUUUACACCGUACUAGCGAGCUGUAAUACAAUGUGUGGCAAAAUUGCUUGUUUCUUUUCCUGUCAUAUGAACAGUGUCGUGUUCAGUAUCUAAUGACUCUUAUAUAUUCAGUGGUGUCUAUGAUUUGUUUGAAAUGCUAUAUAUCAAUUUGUAACAUCAAUAAACUGCUUAUGAUAUGUUCUCUAAA